AUGGAAUCAUUAAGAAAACUUAGCAAUUUACCGAGUUUUACGGAUAUUCCAGCGGUUUUCGAUAGGAUUAAACAAGUAUCAAAUCCAGCUAUUGUAAAAAAGGUGAAUGCAGUGUAUGUGUUUGAUGUUGAGGGGGAGGGUAAAUGGCAUGUAGAUCUGACAAGCGGGAGUGGAGAGAUAGGUCAGGGACCUCCAACUAACAAACCUGACGUCACAGUGGUCGUCAAUAAAGAAAAUUUUCUCAAGAUGUUUAACCGAGAGUUGAAACCCGCUACUGCCUUUAUGUCAGGCAAACUCAAGCUAUCAGGUAAACAUCAUGUCCAACUUUAU